UGCUAUGUACGGCCAGAGCGCAUACAAUGUAUGUCCCAAAUGUGUUGCAUAAACAUCUUUCUUUUGCGUGUAAGUGGGAAGCACGUGACUGUCAUUAAAUAUCUACCAGGUAGCAAGUUUGCGCAAUAUUUAAGCUACACGCGGAAAUGUUGAUAGUAGGCGAUAAAAUCUAUUUUAAAUCUAUAAGAAGCACCUUGAUUUGCCUAAUUGAAGAUUAUUCGUCAAAUCCUACUGAUUUUUGCUAUUAUUGCUAAAAACUUUUUUUGUCUCAAAUUAAUGUCCCUAGUAACCAAAUUUCAACAUGAAUUAUUCGCAAUUUGUCUUUUACAAGGCGUAAAAGUGUUGCCACAAAAUCCAAUAUUGCUUGCCACAUACAUAAAUAAAAUAUAGUUAAAAUUUCGUCGAAACACUUUAUAUGUAAGCACAUCAGCAAAACACUAGAAGCCCCUAUCACUGUUCCGCAGUUAAUCACGUAUACGCCAUGUUGUACCACAAACCAAAGCCAUAGUAUCACUCACUGCCUUGUUGUUGUCAGCAUAAAGCAAUUAAUUAUUUAUUGCCAUGGACCACUGAUCGCCAUUCCAAUUUAUUGCUUUACUUCGUUACUUACACAGACACACAGAUGACUCAACGCUGUUCUGUUUGAGUUGUGUUGUUGGCAGCGCCCACUCAGCGAAGUUUUGUUUUAUGCUGAAACUUGUUUGCAGUUUUCUACGAACUUUUAUUUCUCACAUUUGGCAUUUACAAGUACACACAUGACCGGCUAAUCAAGUGGCUGUCUGGUCAGCAUGUUGUCCAGCUGUUCUCGCAACCAGUUUGCUAGCCGAUUUCAAAACUAGUGGACAGUUGACGUGAUUUUAUCUCGCGCGCUGUAAUUAAACAGUGUAACGAAUGUGCCAUUUGUAAAAGCGAUGGAAAUUUUUAAAAUUAAUUUUCCCAAUUUUUUCCAAUCAAUAUGGAGAAUCGAGCAAAUAUUUAAUUUUUUUCUCACAGCUUGGUUUAGUAUACCAUGAACGGCGUUAAGUUUGUUUCGAAGUGUGAAACGUCGCAGACUCUAUAAAGUAUAUAUAGAGCUGAGUUUAUUUAAUUAUUAUUUAAAUUAAAUUAGUUUGAAUACCAUGCCAUUUUGCCACACUGUACUGUACUGCCAUGGCGCUUGCUGUCGUUUGUUUUAGCCUGUUAUUCGUCACUGCCGGUUGUGGUAAGCUUUAUUAAUACUAUUUUUUUUUUGCUUUUUUUUUUGUGAAUGUGGUUGUGGCUAAACGUGCGCGUUGUUGUGGCAAGCUGAGGCGGCUGGUGUUUCUACACGAUUGGCAUCAGUUGUGGUUGGCACGCGAAUUCGCCAAGUGUACUAAAUAAACUUUGCUCUAUAUAUAAAAGGAAAAUAAGUUGCAAUAAAAAAUAUCUAAAAACAAAGAAAUAUUUUGCAAAUAUUUUUAAUAUAUGCACUGAUUUCAACAUUAAACAUUAAACAAAAUUCAUGCGUUAAAAUGUGUUCCAAGUGUGUGCCAAAUUGUUGGUGUUGAAAUGCUUAUGUUAUUUUUGUGAAAAUAUUUAUUGCUUGUUACUAAGGAAAUAAAAAGCAAUGCUUGUGUGUGAAAGCGUAUAAAAUAUACUACAACAUAAAAUAAUAUAUAUAUGAAAUAUUACAUCAGCGCCGCAAAAUUACAUAAAAAGAAUAAGACUUUAUUACUGACGCCGUGUACGCGGUCUGUGCUACCAGAUUUUGGUAGGAAAAAAACAAAAUAAAAAUAAAAAGGGAAUAUAAAUAUAUUUCGUACUGUAAUUUGUUGUUACGAAAAUAAUAUAUAAAAAUAACAACAGCAACACAGGCAAGUGUUAUUAAAUUGCACGACGACAAAAUGUUGAAAAUAUUCAAGAGCAAGAAAGACAAGUUGCCAAAAUCGGAAAUCAUCACUUGUGAACCGCAGGUGACCAAAGAGCCGCGCACGAAAUGCGGCAAACCGCUGGUGUUGGACAACACACGAUGGGAGAGAAGAUUACACAAAGAGUUGAUGUCGCUGAUAAAGGAACCGCCACCAGGUGUUACCGUCGAUACCGAUAGUAUAGGACAAAACUUAUCAGAAUGGAAAAUAAAUAUUGCCGGUUUCGAGGGCACUUUGUAUGAGGGUGAAAACUUUCAGCUACUCUUCAAAUUCAACAAUAAAUAUCCCUUCGAUUCACCAGAGGUGACGUUUAUUGGCAACAAUAUACCUGUGCAUCCGCACGUCUACUCUAAUGGACAUAUCUGCCUUUCCAUAUUGACAGAAGAUUGGUCGCCAGCGCUAUCUGUACAAUCUGUCUGUCUGAGCAUAGCAUCGAUGCUUAGUAGUUGCCGUGAAAAGAAGCGUCCACCAGAUAACACGUUAUACGUAAAAACCUGCAAUAAGAAUCCGAAAAAGACCAAAUGGUGGUAUCAUGACGAUUCUGUCUAGUGGAAGUUGAAUACCGCUACCUACCGGUACACAAAUAAGCUGUUCGCUGCACUGACAAACUCAUUGCUGGUACUUAGUAUGGAACUACAACAACAAAUUACGCAAAUAUACACUGAGAGUAAAUUGUCUGUGAAAAAAAUACGCCGACGUAUAAAACUCAAACGUAAACGCGCAUCCACAAACACACACACAUAACUAAUCAACUGUAAAUUGCAAACAAACAAACAAAAACUAAAACAUAAAACAGCUAAAAAUUAUAUAAUAUAACAGCUGUUUGGAGUGGGAGGAGAACGUUUGAGCAGAGGGCAGCCUGUGAUGUGACUUUGCGCAGGCGUAUGCGUGAAAAAAGAAAUAUCGUAUUUUAAAUUUACAUAUACAUACACACAUACAUAUAUUUUAAUUAUAACAUACUUUUUACUUUAACUUAGCGCGUCAACAACAAAAAGAAAAGCGAACUUAUAAUAAUUAUUAAUUUAAUAAAGGCAAAGGAAGAAGAAAAAUAACAUUUUUGAGACGCAAACAUGCAUUAUACACAUACAUACAUCUAUACAACAUUGCACACAUAAAAAUAAAAUGAUUCAAAACAAGCAAACAACGUAAACUGGAAAAGUGUCUAAAUUUUCGAAAAUAACAAAAAAUAAAAAUCAUAAAUUAUAACAUAUACGUUAUGCGUGUAUGAUAUUUAGGCUAGCGUGUUUGAAAAGACAUUUUUUCUAAAGUUGGUAUAGCUCUGAAAACAGCAGUAAAAUUACAACGAACCGUAAUUUUAUAAAAACAAAGAACAAACGUAAUUAACAGUUAUUUGUUGCUGCUUAUUUUUAUGUUAUUUUUUUGUUUAUUUUUUUAUGUGCUUUGUUUUAGCUGCUCUUUAAAAAUAACAAGAAAAGUAUUAUUAGAAACUCAAAAAGCAAGAAAAUAUAUGCAAAUACAAUUAAUCAAGCAAAAAGUUCGAAAAAAUAUAACAAUAAUUAUCAAAAAUAAUGUUAGAGAAGAUGCAAACUCUUCUGCAAUGCAACAACAACAUUCCACACUGUGCUUGCUGAAAGUGCAACAGAAGCAGCACAGUUAUAAGAUAAAUUUCUUCACAAAACAAAUAGUUUUCAACAAAAAAAAUUUAUAUAACGCCGCUGCAUAUAUUCAAAAAUAACUUCUGCUUCAUUUACAGCAAAAAAGAGUAACGCAAAUGAUGAAAUGUAAAAAUUUAAAUGCGUCAACUUAUAGCAAGCGAUAAAAAUAUAUCUAAUUUUUCACUUGCACACCGCAUAGCUUUCUUUGCGCUUUAUAACUGUAUAUACUUAAUUUGCCUGAUACAAUUUUCUUGUAAACUCGUUGUAUGCUUGUUUGUUUUUCGCUUUGUUAGCUUGUAGGCCUAACGAUUUGGUGCAAUUCGUUUGUAUCGUUUAUAUUUUUAGCUUUGAGUUGUCAACUGUAUUGUAAACGUGUGAUUUCCUUUCUCAUAUGAUCUGCAUAUGAUAUAUUAUUAAUUAAUUAAUUACGUUUUCCUUGUAAAUUCAGUAAUUGCCAAUUCUUUACACGUACAUAUAUACCUUAAUUAAUAUUUAUAUAAAAAAAAUUCAUAUUCAUAUAUAUAUAUAUAUAUAUAUAUAUGUAUAUACACAUAAAUACAUAUUUACUUGUAUUUUAAAAUGCGGUAUGUAGGUAUACUGUUAAAGCAUUAUGAUAAUUUUACAUUUACACCUCACCCCCCUACUUAAUAAUAACUUUGUAAUAUUGUGUUUGUCUUUAAAGUGUACUUUUAUUGAUCCGUUUAUUAUAUACAUAUAAUACAUACAUACGUAUAGUUACAUAAGUGUCGAUUUAUGUGUAAGUCAAGUAUGAAGUAAAAUAAGUAUAUGAAAUGCUAUACGCAGUUAAAACAAUCUUAAUUAUAACAAUAAAUGCGUGUCAUUCUCAAGUAUUCAAUAAAAA